AUGUCUUCCAUCUCUCUCAGACCUCCAAAGAUCUAUGCUAGCGAAGAAGCCAACAGCGUCCCACCAAACGACUUCAUCAUCGGGACAUGGCACGUAACCCACUCCACUCUCCCGCUGUGGAAGGACAAGCGCAACGUCAACAUCACCUACAAGCUCCUCCCCGCAGAUUCUGCAGGGAUCCUAAAGCUCGACGACCUGGUUCAAUACCAAGGUAUUGACUCUGAGAAAAUCAAAUCGGUUCAUGGCGUCGACACCCCAACGCCAGGUAACCCCGGUGCCUGGGAUUGGCGCGGGAAAGGCUGGCUGAUGAUUGCGAGUUCGCACUGGGAGUGUCUUGGCUUCGGUCAUACCGAUGAUGAGAACCGGUGGAUUGUCACUUACUUUGCUAAGACCAUCUUCACGCCUGCUGGCAUUGAUAUUUACUCUCGGAAUAAGGAGGGGCUUGAACAGAGCACUGUCGAUCAGAUACUUAAUGCUCUUAAGGAGCUUGGGGUCAAGGAUAUGACCGACCUCGCGAAUAGCGUCUUUCCUAUUCCUCAGAACUAG